AUCGUGCGGAGGUGACGGAGUCCGAAUUCAAACUGGAGGCGGGUACUUGAAGCCGAGACACACACACAAAAAAACACAGCUGAGGUUCAUCGUCGAGAAUUUAAUCAAAGCUGCCUGAAAAUGACCAGUACAUUGAAGGGAAUUACUCUGAAAGGAAGCGCGGAGCUGGUGGCCGAAUUCUUCUCAUUUGGCAUCAACAGCAUCCUGUACCAGCGUGGCAUCUAUCCCCCAGAGACAUUCAGCAGAGUCACCCACUAUGACAUGAGCCUUCAGCUUUCCACCGAUCCCAAACUGAAGAACUACCUAACCAACGUCGUGUCUCAACUCAAAGAGUGGCUGUUUGAGUGCACAGUACAGAAGCUGGUGUUGGUGAUCACAUGUCUGGAAACUAACGAGGUGCUGGAGAGAUGGCAGUUUGACAUCGAGUGUGACAAGUCGGCCAAGGACAGCAGCGCUCCCAGAGACAAGUCUAUUAAGACCAUUCAGGAUGAGAUCCGCUCUGUUAUCAGACAGAUAACAGCCACAGUUACUUUCCUGCCACUUCUCGAGACGCCAUGUGCAUUUGACCUCCUCGUCUACACCGACAAAGACCAGGCGGUUCCUGAAAAGUGGGAGGAGUCUGGGCCGCAGAUCAUUGACCAAUCGGAGGAGGUGCGUCUACGCUCCUUCACCACCUCUAUCCACAAGGUGAACAGCAUGGUGGCAUACAAGAAGGUCGACUCAGUUUAAACCUCUACACCCACCAUCCCACAAGCUGUCUGUGGCACCAACAGCUGCCCUGUCCUACCUCACUGUCUCUGUCCAUUGUUAUGUAAACUGAGUGUUCAGUGUUCCCCUGCUUUUCUUUUCCAGUCUCUUUCAGAAGGAUGUGGCAGCAGCCUGUUUGGGCUACACUGGUGUAAAUAUUUUUCAAAAGCAGUAUUUGUCAAUUCGGAACUGUGUCUUUUCUAUUCUCUGUUGUUGUCCCUUUUUCUCAAACUGCCAGCCUCUAUUUUAUUAGCUAGUGCUUUAUAUGUCAAACUUUUAUGAGAUGUCAUGAAUAAAUGUCUUUCACAAAUGUUU